AUGGAUCUGUUCGAUGAAAUUUUGAAGCAGGCAAGCAGUAACACUAGAAGCGCCAGUAAGGAAAUUCGAAAAAUCGAUGAGGCUCGUCAACGGAACCAGAAAUGUGUUAAUGAACGACUGGCGGCAGAAAGGAAGGAAGCGAAAGCGACGAAGCAUACUGCAGUUCCGGAAAAGCCAAAGUUUGUGAUCCCAAAGAAGAAGACCAAUGAGGAGCCUAGUGUGGAUAAAAACAAAAUAGCGUUAUUUCUAAAAAAGCAGGAGGAGGAGAAGCAAAGAGCGCUGAUCGAAAAAAGAAAGCAGAAAGAGCAGCUGAUCAAACUGAGGUUGCAGUCGUAUGGAGGAAAGUUCGGAAGCACUCCAAUCGAGCUACAGCAGAAGUAUGCAAGUAAUCAGCAACAUGAGGAAUAUCUUAAAAAGCAACAGAUGCGAGAGGAAGUCUGUUUCUUUUGA